AUGGAAUCCCUUUCUACUCAGUACUUUGAGAAUGAGAGUAAGUUGCCGACCACCACGAAUCAAGAACAUAUUGUGUAUCGCGAUAGCAUCUUCAACUAUCCACUCUUCAACGCAGCGGAAUGGCUCUUCGGGGUCGUACCCCCAUUUCUCAUCGUCAGUGGCACGUUAUUCAACAUUCUAAACAUCAUUGUCCUAUCAACUGGUCGUUUCGGAAAUGUGUCUACCAGAAUUUUAUUAACGGUUCUAGCGUUGACCGACACGGUUGUUUUGUACGCAGCCCUCAUGCGCAGCUGGAUUGACACGGUAUGGUGGAUAGAUCUGCGCAUGCUCACACAUGCCUCAUGUCCGAUUUUGACCUUCAUCUCGUACUGUUCGUAUCAUUUCUCGAGUUGGAACUUGGUUCUUGUGACAUUAGAGCGCUUCGUAUCGGUUUGUUUCCCAUUCAGAGCACGGAAAAUCUGUACAAAGAAAUGGACGAUUGUUGCACUUAUAACCCUGGCUUGUCUUAUUUCCCUUGUAAACUGCCAUUUUUUAGUAUUCCAAAAAAUUGAGGACAACAUAGCAUGUACGCCACCACGUGGCACCUAUUUCAUUUUUAUUACGAAGUAUUUCUACUGGGCUGAUUUGGCCAUGAGGAGCGGUUUACCUUUCGUGGUAAUCAUUUUGUGUAAUAUUUGCAUCAUCUACACAGUGUCGAGAAGUUUAUCUCGGCGUAACCCCGCGAGUGCUGGAGAGUCGGCCACAAAUCAAGGCUCCAAGCUGAACAGCAUGACCUCCAUGUUGCUAGUCGUCAGUUUCACCUUCAUUACAUUGACUCUCCCCGUCAUGGCUUUCUUUCUUUACAUCAGUAGCGCACCAAAUUCAACCUAUUCAGACAUUGCACGAAAUUAUUUCCUAUAUGCUGUGACACAUCUUUUAUAUUAUUUGAACAGUACGGUAAAUUUUAUUCUGUACUGCUUAAGCGGAUCGAAAUUUCGAGCUGCCGUAUUAAAUUUGUUUGGAGUACAAAAUUGCUUUAAACACGGUGGAUAA